GAGAUGAGAAGGUUACACACUGCAAAGAAUCUGCAUAAUCAGCAGUUUCUGUCAGCUGUUGGGUGGAAAAGGAAUGAAACAGCACUUUAUUAACAAAAUCACGGAUUCUACUGCAUGUUUGAGACACAGAUUCUGCAGCGACUGGCUGUUCUGGUGGUGUGCCAUGACUUCGCAGUCGGCCAGAUCAGCUCACGUUACCUCCUGGUGCAGAGGCCGAUGUCCUGGUUCAAAGCCCGGGAGUUUUGUCAGAGGCACUAUGUCGACCUCGGUGUUCUGAGCCAAGAGGAGCAAUACUUCACUCUCCUCAACGCCACCGCUACACUCAAUGCCAGCUUUUGGCUUGGCCUGCAGCGUCAGAGCACCUCGAGUGACUGGAAGUGGGUCGACGGCGAAGAGCUGAGAUACGAUGACUGGCACCGGAGAAACUACGAAGGCCGCUGUGCAAGUUUGGAGGCCAUGUUGCAGAAAGCGAAGAAGCUGCUGGCUCGCUACUGUGACGAGUCGCACAUGAUCGUCUGCCAGGGUCCACUUUCUCCGCAGCCAGUGUCGGUGGACUCAGUGGGCAACAAUCACGUGAUUCUCAGCUGGAACGUCUCUGCAUUUAUGCAGAUGACACCGCACAGUUACAACGUGACGACGUGCACCAACACCUGCGAUACGCUCUUCUACCCCUACACCGAUGGCUGCGCCUUAAUGAACAUCAACAUCUCCAACUUAAGUUCAGCCACAGAGAGUUUCAUAGAGAUCUCUGCUUUGAUUGUCCGGCCUGACAGCGUCACUGGUGGAAACGUGACCCUUCGAAGUAAACCCACAGCUUUACGGGUCAGAACAGUGGACUCUGGUGGUCAGAAGAAUGUCCUCAUUGUCAUUUUGAAAUCGCUCAAGCUCAUGUCUCUGGCUCCUCCACUUUGGAUUGUGUAUCGGAUCCUGAAAAACUCUCUUUUCUUGCGUGAAUUCAAGGAGUCAGAUCAUGACAUCUCACUACUGGAGCUCACAACCGAGGACACAACUGUUGACCUGAGGAAAACCAGAGGAAUCGGUUAAUAAUGUCAUGAUUUGUUCACGAGUGUCAACAUGAAAUAUCCUGAACAAGUUGAAUAUAUAACAAAAGUUAAGAGACGAGUUGCCUAAUCUGGCAAAAACUGGGCUGAGAGGAUAGACAUAAAAACUAGACAUGUGUCCUUGUAGAUCAUUCACUUCACUGCUUCACUCCUCACCCAUGCUGGUCAGCUUCAGCAUACAAGAGGAAACAAAGCAUGCCGGUGCCUUUCAUUUGCUAAAGUGUGCCAAAGUCGCCUUUCUUUGUAGGAGCAGUGAUGCCCAUGCAAAGUUCACACUUCCUGCAGCUGCUUCAAAGCGAAAGCCUUUCAGCUGCGCCUUUGAGGGCUGACUUGUUGCGCAGACACGCUGCUGAAAGUUUGUACGAAUUAAAGUUGCUGUUUUGAAACCUUCAGAUAUGAACUUGCACUGGAGGCUACUAAGAGUGAGAAAACCCUCCAGCAACAACAGCAACAAAUCCCAGGUAAAUAGUGUGAUUUGGAAGUAAAAUGCAGUUAAAGCAUUCCGACAAGAACAUGUGGCUAGAGUCAUGUGACUGUUGCCCGUUCCUGUACAGAAACACAGUUAGCACGGAUUAGCAUUGGUAUCCAAAGUAAGAAAACUGAACCUUUAAGCACUGAACAACUGUCAAGGAAAAUCAUUAUAUCCUCGACACGUUUUAUGUAUCCGUUGUUGGAGUUAGUUCUGAUGAGCCACUAUGAUGUUUAGCUGCAAACAGCCUGUGGUGGCUCACUAUGUUUAUUUCCUCUUAACAGGAAAAACAGUCAGUGGAACUUUACCGGUAUUUUUGUGUCAUAUUUUAUUGUCUUACACAUUUAUCACUAUGACUGGCAGACCACCGGUUUCAGUUUUUCAGUGAUGGUGUGAGCGCCAUACUCUCACUCAUUAUAAUCUAAGCUAAUGUGUUAACGAGGAGCAGUAGAGGAAAUGAUCUUCAGUGGACACAUGGACGACUGUAGCUCAACGCACAACAUUAACUUCAAGCUGGGAAACAGAAUCAGCAGCUAUGAGAAACUGAAACGUAUUUUUUCUUGACACAUCAAACCUCACACAGGCAUUGAUUAUUAAGUUACUCAGUUACUUCGUUCAUUUCAAAAGGAACAAGGUCAGUAAAUGUGAAAAGGUCCAGAGUUAACGAAAGCCUUGAUCUAAAAAAAAAAACCCAUUGUUUCAGUGAAACUACAUAUGAGAAAUUUUAGUUAAAAUUAAGGCAUAAAGGGAACCAUUAAUGUGACCGUGGCAGGAAACUGAUAAUGUUAGUCAUAUCGUUAGGCCACAGCUUAUCAAAAAGUAUUUGGCAGUAUUUUUAUUUUGCACUGUUUUGUUAUUUUGUUUUUUUUAUUUGUUUGUUUGUUUGUUUUUAAACAGUAUUUUUAGGUUUGGGCCUAUAACUGCAUGCAGACUACAUCAAGUUAAAUUCUGAAUGGUUUCUUUCAAAAUGUAUGUGCUGCUGCUGCUAUAUAAACACCAUUUUUAGGAGACAUACCUAAUGUGUCUAAUGUAGUCAGGCCUUUGGCGGUGUUACACAUAUUUAGAGGUUUUCAACCUAAAACAAGAGUUUGCACAUCGAAACAGGAAAAUAAAAUUCACAGUAUUCUGACUAAAAAUUAAAUAGUUCUUUGAAAACUAAGCGAAGUCUAAAACACUCAAAGUUUUACGCGACGAAAGUAUAUGUAACUACGAAUGUAGUCGUUCUCAUGUGCCUCGGGUUUAAUUUUUUUAAUAUCUGUGGUGCAUUCAGGAUAUUAUGUAACAUUCAGUUUGGGGUGUUGAACAAUUAUUUUAUUCUACAGUAGAAAUGUCCUAUAAGCAACUUGUUGCUUUCUUUGGUGGCUGCUCAUGUAACUUAGAGUCAUAUGAAUAAACAAACACUGUAAAAUG